UUUUGGGUAGCGGGAACAAAACGAUUAUUACGAGAUGUGCUCGAAGUUACUCUGAUUGCCUCUGCACUCUGCAAUCAAAUUCAAAACUUGAGGCUAAAUGUUGCUCUGUCACUCCCAACUCUUCACAAAUGGAUGCCGAUGAAGCCAAAAUCUUGCUCGGUUUCCCUCCCAAUUCUCGUCCAACUCCAUCCCAGGUAAAAUCAGCUUACAAAAAGAAGGUGUGGGAAUCUCACCCUGAUCUAUUUCCUUCUCAUGAAAAGCCUCUCGCUGAGUCUAAGUUUAAACUGGUGAGCUGUUCAUUUACUUGUACUCAAUAAAUUUCGUUUUACACAGGUGGGAGAGGAGGAGCUUCAAGUUCAGUUGAUCAAUAUUCACACGUUGUGAGAACUGGAUUCCCAAGGGCUCAUGGAGGAAGAAAAAAUCAUGCUAUGAUUAAAGUCCCAUUCCUUCUAAUCAUUCUGGGAACACUUGCGCUUGGAGGAUUUAAUGCUUCUAGGGCUUACAAAAAGCAAAAGGAUGAAUACCCUUCACACAAUCCAUUUCUUCCUUGAUUUAUCCUCGAGCUAUCCAGUAAAUUGAUAUUUGUUUCCUUAAAGUGAUAUCUUUGUUGUAAUUUGUGAAGAAUGUUAUACCAUAUAUAGAAAGAUAAGUGAUAUGGUGAAGAAUGUUAUGUCAUGCAUAGAAAGGUAAGUGAAAUGGAACCAAUAAAAGUCAUGUGAUUAUCAUAGACUGUAAACUUAUUCCAUCUCGAUUUCAAUACAAGCUAAUUCUUUGAAGGGAUGCCA